GUCACUUGUCAUUUUUUCAUCUCCAUCUCGGAUCUGCAGCUGGGGGCGUUUGGUGUAUUGUUCUAUCGAGAAUCCCUAAUCAAAACGGGAAUCGGGAACAAAGCGUUAUUAAAAAUCUGUGCCAAGUUACGUGGAAGUUGUUGACGUGGCCGAUUCCAACAAGCCGGCGGAAAUAUCAGCAUAUUACCUACUAAAAGUGUAUUAACUAUCACACAAAAUGCUGACCACCCUAUUCAUAGCACUGGCGAUAACAGCCGUGAUUGCGGGCGUUCCCAACCCUGACGAGUCCAAGCGUAUGAUGGACCACCUCUCCGAUGCAGAGCAUUACAGGAAUGAGCACCAUAACAAGCAGUUUGAUCACGACGCUUUCCUCGGGGAAGACCAGGCUAAGACCUUUGAUCAGCUUCCACCUGAAGAGAGUAAAAGAAGAUUGGGAAUAAUCGUAGACAAGAUAGAUGCAGACAAAGAUGGGUUUGUCUCUCUCGUGGAGCUGAAGGAUUGGAUCCGGUACACUCAGAAGCGGUACAUCGAGGAGGAUGUGGAGCGACACUGGAAGCAGCAUAACCCUAACAACGAGGACCUUAUUACUUGGGAGACAUACAAGAAAAAUGUGUAUGGGAUCAUGAAUGAGAUGACUGAGAACGAGCUCAGGAACACGGAGGGCUUCACUUACUCUAACUUGCUCAAGAGGGACAGGAGGCGGUGGGUGUAUGCUGACGGCGACCAAGACGACGCCUUAAACAGGACGGAAUUCGCUGGUUUCCUUCACCCUGAGGACCACGGCAACAUGAGGGACGUCGUUGUUCUGGAGACCCUCGAAGACAUCGACAAAGACAAGGACGGCAAGGUGUCUCUAGAAGAGUAUAUCGGGGACAUGUACAAGCCGGAGGAAGGCGAGAGCGUCGACGAUGAACCCGAUUGGGUCAAGCAGGAGCGGGAGCAGUUCACUGGUUACAGAGAUUCAAACAAAGACGGUUUCAUGGACGAGCACGAGGUCAAAGACUGGAUCGCGCCGCCGGAGUUCGACCACGCGGAGGCGGAGGCGAGGCACCUCGUGUUCGAGGCGGACGCGGACGCGGACGAGAAGCUCAGCAAGCCGGAGAUCUUGGACAAGUACGACCUCUUCGUGGGCUCGCAGGCCACGGACUUUGGCGAAGCGCUGGCGAGGCACGACGAGUUCUAGAAAUCUUCCGGAUGAUCCUGAAUUUUUACGGAAUAUUCUGCAAUAUUCCAUUAUAUUCUAGAAUGUUCUUUAAAUAAUCCAGAUUUAUGUUAAGAGGCGUCGUGUACGUAGUGCAAAAAACAGGACUGUCACUUUGUUUUUAAGGAACAAGCACAAGGUCAAAGAAGACAAAAUGUUCCCGAAUACUCCAGAAUAGUCUAGAAUAUUCCGUAGUAUGACAGAAUUGUGUAGGGAGUAGUGUAAGUAGCGUGGGAAAACCUCGCACACGAUUGUUCCUGUACUUUUUUUAAACGAGGUCCACCUCCUACAAAAAGUCACGCUGUGUGGAAAAAUCACGCGAUCAAAAAAGGCAUAAGUGCGUAUCCUACGUCCUUAACAUAGGUUGUUCAAAUCUUAUUAUUAGUAGGAGGCACUUUCAUCAUAAUCCAAGGCCAGUGUUCAUAAUUUUUUUUUGCGAGUGGAAAAAUGCGUGCCACAUUCUGCUUGUGUUGUAUUGAAAUGUAAGGUUAUCAAGGCGGACAAAACUUCGCCAUACGCGAGCAUUUUUCCGCGCGUUCGCUACACUGCCUCGUUUAUGCGGAAUUUAGGCAACUUUAACUGUCACUUGUUAUAUAACUGUCACUUCUUUACUAAUUUCGCAGAACCGAGCGGAAUUCCUGCUCAGUUUUAUCGCUUAGUGUUUGAUGCGGAAUUCAGUUUGCAAAUCCUACAUUUCUUAGGUUGAGAUCUAUAGAGCGUACUUUGCUUAAGUUUCAGUUAAAACGGGACAGAUGUAUGUCUCAUUAUAACGCUGUCUCGUUUUAACCUUCUCUUAAGUCUGAGCAAAGUCAAAGUACACUGUAUAGAUGUGAUGUCAGCUUCGACUAACUUGUAAAAUUCUUGCAUUUUUAAAGCGCAUUUUCAUACUAUGUUUUAUGAAAAAGCUAUAUCGGUCGUCCAUACAUAUUUUUGAUAUAUUUGCCAUAUUACAUUAUUUAAUUAAUUUACUACUUAGUAGCUUUUAUGCCGGAUCUAAAUUUUUUUUGUGUAUUUUAUGUAUGUAUAUCUGAUUUGAGAUAAUAAUGUUUACAUUCCUGUGAUUUCAUUUUCUCAUUUUUUAACUUCAAGCAAUUAACAACUGCCUAACUUAAUACAAUAGAGUUAAGUAAUUCUUGUUUAAACUUAUAACUUAAUAGAUUCCAAAAAUGUAAACAAUCUUACUGAAUCUCUUAUAAAAGAAAUUACUAUUUACUUAAU